AUGGCAGUCACAGAGGUCAAUGAGAAGGUCACCAGCUCCGCCGUUGAGCAGGUGUCUAGUGCUGAAAAGCAUGAGCAUCACCACGUCAAGCACGAACCGCACAAGGGCAUCUUCGAAGCCUUUCGGGAAUAUCCAUGGGCAGUCGUUUACUGCUUGUAUCCUCUCUUUACCUGCAUCAUGUGGGGAUAUGACGGCUUGGCAGCGGCGAUCGUGCUCUCGAUCCCCAAGUGGCGAGAGGACUAUGGCUACCUGUACCAAGACCAAUAUGUUGUGUCGGCGAACUGGCAGCUGGCCUUUACAGCUGCGUCCAUGAUAGGUCUGUUCGUUGGUGGUCUGGCGACAGGUGCCGUGGCCAGAGCGAUGGGUCAGAAGUUCUGCCUGUUGUGUGGCCAUGUUCUGACUGUCGCUGGUGUUUUCUGCCAGUGGUACUCGCCGGGCAAGAUGGCCCUCUUCUUUGGCGGAAAGCUUCUUACCGGAAUACCGUUGGGCAUCUUCCUAACCAUCGCACCGACAUACUGCUCCGAGGUCGGUCCUCCAGCACUUCGCGGUGCGCUCGUCGCUGCUGUCAACUUCUCCAUCGUCAUAGGUCAGCUGCUCGGCUAUGGUGUCAUGCGUGAGACCCAAGCCAUGGCUGGCCAGAAUUCAUACCGCGUCAUGUAUGCCGUGCAAUGGGGCUUCGCUGGCGUCGGGUUGGCCUUCUUGCCAUUCAUUCCCGAUUCGCCUUUCCGUCUGUUGGCUCGAGGCAAGGAGGAUGCCGCACGCAAGAGUAUCCGAAAGCUUUACGGCGAAGCAACCGUCGACACGAGAGUUGAGGAGAUCAGGGACAUCCUUACAAAUGAAGAAGCGGCUGCGAAGCAAGGUGGCAGUUACAGAGACUGCUUCAACUCCGUCAAUCGCCUGAGGACGACGAUUGUACUGAGUGUGUUCUUCAUCCAGAAUAUGUCCGGUAUUGGUUGGGUCGUCGGUUAUAUGGGAUACUUCAUGCAGCUCAGCGGCAUGCAAGGCGCUUCAGUCUUCGACGCAACAGUCGGCGUCGCAGGCGUGAUGGCUGUUGGAAAUAUUGCUUCGUGGCCGCUGCUUGAAUAUGCUGGUCGACGACCGACGAUAUUCUGGGGUCUUGUGACAAUGACCGUCAGCUUCCUGCUCAUUGGAGUCUUGACGCAAUUUGUCACCAGGAAUGCAUCCAUCGCCCUUGCGCAGGUCAGCUUCAUGGCCAUCUGGUCGUUCGCAUAUCAGGCCUCAAUUGGUGCUGCAGGCUAUUCGCUCAUGGCUGAGUCAAUGGGGACGGCGAUGAACGGUUUGUCUGGAGCUGUCUGGAGCUUUGCACUCCCGUACUGCAUCAACCCUGACGAGGGCAACCUCGGUGGAAACGUCGCCUUUAUCUUCAUGGGCUUGAUGGUCAUCUCUACCACAUUUGUGUGGUUCUACUACCCAGAGACCAAGGGACGAUCCUUCGAAGAGAUUGACGAGCUUUUCCGCCGCAAGGUCAAGCCACGGCACUUCCACAAGACACAAUUGGCUUAA